UUUAUUAUCAUAACAGGGGGAAAAAGUGCAGCAGGUGCGUCGCAUUUCCCUCCUCAGAGAGACAAUACUGCUUGAUAUAAUAUCUAUAUCGAGCGAAAGAUGGGGCAGUGUGGGAUUACGUCAUCCAAAACCGUCCUGGUUUUCCUCAAUCUUAUAUUCUGGGCGGCAGCAGGUAUUUUAUGCUACAUCGGAGCCUACGUCUUCAUCACCUACGAUGACUACGACCACUUUUUCGAGGACGUGUACACACUCAUCCCAGCCAUCGUCAUCAUCGCUGUGGGCACCCUUCUCUUCGUCAUUGGUCUGAUAGGCUGCUGUGCUACCAUACGUGAGAGCUCCUGUGGCUUGGCCACUUUUGCUGCCAUUUUGCUGCUGGUGUUUGUAACAGAGUGUGUGGUGGUGGUGCUGGGCUACAUCUACAGGGCAAAAGUGGAAGAUGAGGUGAAUCACUCCAUUCAGAAGGUUUACAAUGAGUACAAUGGCACUAACACGGAUGCUCCCAGUCGCGCUAUCGACUAUGUGCAAAGACAGCUGCACUGCUGCGGUAUCCACAACUACUCGGACUGGAGGAACACUCGCUGGUUCAAAGAGUCUAAAAACAACAGCGUCCCUGUCAGUUGCUGCCAGCCCAAUAUCAGCAACUGCACCGGCACCCUCUCCCGGCCAGCAGACCUCUACCAAGAGGGUUGUGAAGCUCUGGUCGUGAAAAAGUUGAAGGAGAUCAUGAUGUAUGUCAUUUGGGCUGCACUAACUUUUGCAACGAUACAGAUGCUGGGCAUGCUUUGCGCUUGCGUGGUGCUCUGUAGGCGAAGUCACGACCCUGCAUACGAGCUGCUGGUCACCACCAACAGCUACGCGUGAAGGACUCGUACGGCCACCAUCGGAAGGCGAUCGUCACCACAUCACGGUAGAUUUCUGCAGUAGUUCUGUAUUUAAGCUGAAGUAUAUAAACUCAAGCACACCUUGCACAAUCCAAUAAGUAGCGAACACUGGCAACGUGGUCCCAACACGAGGAGCCACCUAUUUAUUCCUAUUAUUAACAUGCUUUGUAAGCUCUUUUACGUUCUUCUCCUGACACUGACAUGCUUUAAAAAGCCAGCGUGUAAAUGGCUAUCAACAUUGUGUAGUCUUUUAAAAAUAAACUCAUUCACUCGGAAUGUCAAAAAGAGAAAAAAAUUAACUCGGCACCUUUGUGUUAAGUCGUAGUUGGAAGUGUGAAGGGCAAAUGGGCACUCCUGAGUACUUAGUAGGAAAUUGAACAAAAAUUUAGAAGCUUGUGGUUGAAGGGGGAGUCCACCUUCACAUUAAUUUCUCUUUUAAUCAGUCUUGGCCGUAUGAAAUAUAGUUUCUCAGGCCUGUGGUAAAACUAGCACCACCAGACCUUGUUAAGCUAGUCCUUCAUUUGGAGUAAGAGCUGCCAAUAUGCAAAUAAACUAUUUGAAAUUAGUUGAGAUGAGGUCUACAGAAGUUUGUUGACGUCACAAUAGAAUCACGACUUGUGUGGGGAAAGAUGAAUAAUUUUUGCGGGAAAAAAACGUAUAAAACUCAAAAUUCAAAUGACAUAAGUCCUCAAACUUGACAUUAAUAACACUAGAUUCUGUUACAGGAUGUUCAAAAGCCUACUAAAUUUGAGAACAGAUUGUUUAUAAUUUUCUUUCUGUGCUACGUCGUACUGAUUGCAGUUUUGAAGACUUGUUUUUUUUAUGCAGGAAACAAAAGAGAAAUGUUUUUCCCCCUUCCCAUCAAAACUGAUUUAGCAACGAAGUAUAUACUUUUCCCCAUUUCAUUUUCAUGCUGUGAAUUUACAUCUGAAUCCGCUUCACUGUUGAAGCACUGUGAAUAUACUGUAUAUUGAGUGCGAGUUAGUUAAUCCCCAGUGUUGUAAGUGGGUGUAAAAUCAGUAUUAAUCUUACCCUUAUGUUUCCGCUUUCAAGUUUGUAUGUCAAAAACUUCCACUAGUGGGAAUGAUUUAUUUUAGAUAUAGUUAUUUUUCUGUGAAUUGUGCUGUUUUUGUUUACUUGGAGCUGUUACAUACAGUAAAUCAAACCCAGAAUAUUUUGCUGGAGCUGUGGAAAACCUCCCCAACAAAUUGUGUAUAGCUUUGAACAUGAACUAAAUAAAGUCAUGCAUUUCA